AUGCCCUCCCAACUAGCCUGGAUCUGGCCCAAAGAUCCUCGCCCCGGCAACCCACAGCACUGGCCACACCGCUGGCGCCUGUUUGACGUCCUGACAAAUAAAGGACCAGACAUCUACGUGGGUCGAAUCAACCAAUCCAAAACCAAGGCUAGAAAGCCAUCUUCUCAAUCCCAGUCCGGUCCCACAAGACAGGAAUGGUCCCGAUGGGAGAAUAGGCCGAGCGACCCUGACUCGGACUACAGCCCGUUCCCCUGGGUGGGGCGACCUUCGGCCGAGCGCUAUGAUUUCCGCACGAGGAAGUACCACGUCCCUGACCAUGGGACGUGGAGUGAUGUUGAAUAUUGCAAUGGAGGAAGGGCUCGCAGGGGAAAAUGGAUCGGAAAGGAGGAAGUGCAUUGUGUGCCGAUGAGAUAUUGGGAUCGGAAUGGGGUUGAGUAUCCAGCGGAAUUUUGGCAUGAUAGUAUUUAUGGAAACCAUAGAGACCAUGGAGGCCGAGGGAAUGAAUGUUGA